UUUGUUGGCUGUGUUUGCCCAAGUGACUGUGUUUUGUCCGCCACCCCCUACUUGAAUUAUUUUUACUUGUGUGACCUUUAGGGGCUGGGUUUUCAAUGAGUGUACUUUUGGCGUGCUUGUCACGGAAACGGUGGACGAUAAAUCAGAUUUUUUUGCGUAUCUGGUUGUCAAUAGAGAAAAAAAUACAUCGCUGUCUCUGGGACGAGAUAUCUGAACUCUGAGUCCAAGGUCUGUGAAGUCCAAAGACUACCGCGGCCGGUGGGAUGAGCAGUUCGUAUUGCGAAGGAAGUAUAGUUGUUUGGCGUGGAUAAACCGUGAGAGCAUGGCUAGUAAGAGGGAACUGUUCGACUUCCAGAGGCUGCGUGAUGAAUUCAGAGCGGCAAAGACGCCUGACAGCGAGAUCUUGCUGGAGGAGUAUGCCACUGCGUUUAUGGAUAUCGCAGGGUUCUUCGAUCUACUGGGAACUGUUUUCGGCUUCGUGGCCACAGAAAUCCGCGAGAAGGUUAAGAUCCUCCGGGCGCAUCGAGCCGAGAGCCCCGAACACUACGCCAGCCUGCAGUCCAUGGCAGCCCACGAGAUCGCCGCAGGCAUUACCCGGGUAAAGCCAACCAAGUCCGGCCCAGUCUCGGGGUGCCGCACGGUGCUCGGUCUGCACCGCACGCUGGAAUUCGUCACGCGGUUCCUGUACCGCGUCAAAGACAUGCCGGACGAGGGUCACACCAGCACGGCGGCCGGCGAGGAGUACAAGGCGACCCUGGCUCGAUACGACUCGUGGCUUGCGCAGAAGGUGGCCCUCUUAGCCAUCAAGACGCUACCUACCAGGAAGGUUUUCAUCGAGCGCAACGUCAAACAGUCCAAGGAUGAAGUGGAGGCCAUAGCCGACUCGGCCCUCGGGCUUAUGGCGGAGGUUGUGGACAUCACGCAAAAGUUGUUGGAGGAAAACAAUCUACUCGAUCUCCUGUAGGCCUAACUCAUCUCCAGCUAUCCGUGCAACGGCACGCGAAGCUGUAUUCCAUUGCUCCUAAGGGAAAAUUUAAAAAAAGUUGUUUCUUGUGAAGCGCAUCGAUACUUUGGUGUGCUGCGCUAUAUAAAAACUGCGUUAUUAUUAAACUAGUACUUGUACUCGGUUGGCAAAGUACUCGGACUUUUAUGUACCCAGAAAUCUAAGUAUUCGGCAGUACUCCACGGUACUUGGGAAAAAAGGACUCGACCUCAACACAUUUAUAUAGAUUGCAAGGAUGUAACAGUUCAUUGAUGCUAUGCAGUACAGUUGAUCGAAUGGUUCCGCCAACAGAAAUAGUCGAGGAUUCCUGACGCCUCGAAAACUUACGUUCAUGGAAAUGUUUUCAUCCGGAAAUAUCUGGAAAUUAUCCAGCAACAUGAUAUUUAACAAUUUUAGGCAGUCAUUAAUUGAAAGACGAAUGCUGGCGAGCUAUUUUGGUGGUCAGCAGUUUGCCCGGUUCCGCAAACAUUUGCCAGUUCUGCAAACCACGCCAUUUGUACAAUGGGUCUUGUUUUUUCCGACACUGAUGCACACUGAAAGUGCGCGUUGUAACGUUAUCUAAAACUCGUUUGUGGAACUGGCAAAAAAUCUUACAGUUACUUUUGUAUUCAAUAACAUACUUUUGGAAAUGUACAGAACUCACAUUUUCAAGGAGAUGAAACAAAAUCACCGCGACGAUCGUUUAAAAGAGCGACAAACACAACAUCGCGCAGAACGCACACGCACUGCUGUUGUCAAACGCUAUUGGCGAAAAACGAUCGUCGCCGAUCUUCUUAAAUUUACAGCGGCGGUUGUUAGAAAAAUCGUUUUCUGCAACAUCUUCAAGCAAACUGAGACCGAGAAGUAUGAAUCCAUUCCCGGCAUUUUUUUUAUGAAAAUUGCGAAGCACAGUUCCCACAACAAAAGGGGCCUGUUGCUAGGAAAAUCGAGCCUUCUCUUGGUUACGCUUGGGGCCCAAUAACCACGAAGAGUGCCUACAGUUUCAGGAUACGACGAACGUUCCACUGCACAGUGACCAGUUCACCUCCACAGAAAGGCUACUGCCUACGUUAUGGUCUCCGAACUGGAACUUGCUCCGUUUGGGCGGUGUCAGUUGUCGCUCGAACUUGCCUUAUGACAACAAAAAUGUCAAUGCAUUUCAAGUAUAUCGUGUUCGGAUAGCUUUCUCUGAGCCCGAGAUUCCUCUUAAUCUUAUAUACGCGCGUGAUUCUAUGUAAUGAAGGCGGGGAUUGUGAACCUUAAGAACGUGCGCGGAUGGUAUUCAGAAUAUUGAUAGAAAAUUCCCAAAACUAGAAUUCCUUGAGAAUUCCGAGGGAAACUGUACAAAGACGUGACCCACUAUGAACACGUUUGCCCGCGGUCA